AUGCCCCCUUCGCCCACAAGGGAGAGAAAGGAAAUCAAAAUCAGAACGCCAGACAAUCCGGAAGAUAUACCUCGAAAACAGAAACUCUGUAAAGGAGGGAUCUCAUACGAUCUCGUCCUCAAUCUAGCAAAUAUGGAUCAAAUUGAUAUCAUCACGAUCCAGGAGCCAUAUAUAUACAAAGAUACCUCAAGAAAAAUCACCAAAACUCACCCCUCCUACGAAAUCUUCACUCCAUUAGACGAUUGGAAGGAAAACCCUCGUGUCCUUACCUAUAUCAGAAAAGAAAUAGGAAUUCAGAUCAACCAGAUCAGACCGAUAAUCUCCAGAGAUCUAAUAUUUAUACAAUUAAUAUCUACAAAUAAUACAAUAUUUACCAUUAUAAAUAUUUACAACGCUCCAACACAAUGCACAGAUGGCAAUCAAGCCAUCAAGGCACUCUUUGAACUCCAAAACUUCCCAAACAACGCCAUCCUACUAGGCGACUUCAACCUCCACCACCCCAACUGGAAUCCCCUCCAUCCAUCCCCUUCAACGCUAGCCGAACCCUUUGUAGAAUGGUCAAACUCCCGGCAUCUACACCUCAUCUCCCCAAUCGGAACUCCUACUCACUCAAAGGGAAACGUCUUGGACCUCACCUUCCUCUUAGGGCCCUAUACAGCGUAUACCGCCCUCGCUGAACAACUAGAGUGCACCUCAGAUCACAGCACCCUAAAAACCUACCUUCACUGGAAUUACCGAAGCCAAAAGCCUGCAAAGAAACUCAAGCUAAAUACAUUGAAUGAAACGCUCUUUAAAGACCUACUAGAAACUAAUCUCACCAACAUUGCAGCUAUCCCCAGGACACCCUCUCUAAGAGACCUAGAUCAAGCCGCAUCAUCCCUUACACAAGCCCUUACAAAAGCCUAUACAGGAUCUGCAAGAAGAUCCAUAAACAAGCCCCUUCAACAACCUUGGUGGAACAAGGACUGUAUAAAGGCUGUGUAUAAACAUAGAAUCACCAAUACACCUACAUCCAAACGCUCUCUUCGGAAAACAGUCCGAAAAGCAAAACACACCUUCUAUAUUACGAAAGUGGAUAAAGUAGAAGAUAUAAACGAUGUAUAUCGAAUGACCAAAUGGCAUCAAUCCACAGGAAUAUACCGUACCCCCCCUUUAGCAGAUCUAUCAAAACAAACCAUUGCAAAUACUAUCGAAGAGAAAAGGGAAACCUUCGCCAACAACCUACUGACAAACCUAGCCGAGAUUGACGACAUCCCGUUCGAUACCCCUACAACCCCAAGCAGAUCUAUCACCUUCCCUGAUAUAGCUAUACAAGAUAUAGAGCUGGCCAUUCUAAAAGCAGGGAACACAGCACCUGGCGCAGACGAAAUCCCAACAAAAAUCCUACAAGUCGCAUGGCUACAGAUAAAAGAAGUAACCCUAUCCCUUUUCAAAGGCUGUCUACACCUAGGACACCACCCAAAAUGCUUCCGAUUAGCUACCAUCGUAAUCAUCCCUAAACCCAACAAGCCAGAUUAUACCAACCCAAGAUCAUACCGACCAAUUGCCUUGCUCUCGGUCCUAGGCAAAGGCCUCGAAAGACUCAUUGCGAAGAAGGUAUCAUGGCUUGCUCUAAACUACCAAGUCCUAGCGAACCAGCAGCUCGGAGCCCUACCCUUGCGAUCCUCAGUGGACCUCACCACUUGCGUUACACACGACAUUGAGGCAUCCUUAAAACAAGGGUUAAAGACCACCCUGCUCACAAUGGAUGUAAAAGGUGCUUUUGACGCAGUGCUACCAGGAAGACUAGUGAAUCGCCUUCGGGAACAAGGAUGGCCAAACAACCUGGUUAGAUGGGUUCAGUCCUUCGCCACUAAUCGAUCCAUCAAGAUCCGACUAGACGGCGAGACUGGCCCGGAAACAAAGCUAGAAUGCGGUCUUCCUCAAGGUUCACCGAUCUCCCCGAUCCUGUUCAUGCUCUACAUCGCGCUUCUCUUCUGGAUGGGCAAACCACAGAGCAGAUUCGGAUAUGCAGACGAUAUCGCGAUACUAGCGACAUCAAACUCACUACAGACAAACUGCGAUUCUCUAAAAAUGGAUAUACAAGAAACUCUCGAAUGGGGAAAAACCGAAGGUAUCACUUUUGACCCCAAGAAAUCUGAGCUUAUACACUUCUAUAAAGGACACCGAACACUAACGGAUACCCCUGCAAUACACACCGGAUCUAUGAAUAUAGAGGUCAAACCUGGCCCGCUCAAAUGGCUCGGAGUCCACUUCGAUAGGAAACUAUGCUUCAAACCACAUGUCCAGAUCCUCGCAGCCAAAGCCCUCAAGGGAGCCAACGCACUGAGAUCCCUCAGCAAUACACACCGAGGGAUACCCCCAUAUCUCACCAGGAAAGUGGCUGAAGCCUGCAUACUCAAAAAGUGCUAUUUCGCCUCGGAAACGUGGUGGCCAAGCCGAACCAGAACAAAGAAGAAUGCCCUAAACAACCCGAUCUCGAUCUCAAAUGUAGUGGACAGCCAUUUAAGCUUACUCAACAAAGUGGUAAUCAUCUAUACAAGGGCAAUCCUCCCAGUAUACAAAACCACAAACACAGCAGUACUCUACGAAGAAGCCAAACUCAGACCAUCCGAGAUCGAGCUAAACCUGAUUUCACAAUUAUAUGCGGCACGAACCACCAGACUAGACCUUUACCAUCCUCUCAGGAUCAGAGCAGAGAACAUAACCAAAGCCAGAGAAUAUAACCGCACCCCAGAUACAAGAUUCACAAGGCUCAUCACAGCAUUACCGGAGACUGAACACAUAAACCCCUUGGCCUUCCCACCCUGGGAAAUCAGAGAGUCGAGGGCAGAGGCCGAGGCCCGCAUCAAUGGUCCGAUGGGCAGAACGAAGGCACAAGCAGCCGAAGACUUCAAAGCCUUCCACGCCAAGAUCCCAAGAAGCGAUAUACAAAUCUUUUCGGAUGGCUCAAAAAGUGAAAGCAAGGAUGGCGCAACUGGGGGCGGAUUCGUAAUCUCACAAUUCGAUAUUCAGAUAGCACACCAUUCUUUCUCAUUAGGCACAAAUGCAGAAGUGUUCGAUGCAGAAGCCACAGCCGCAGUAGCAGGGGCAGCAAAAGCCCUCACUCUAGCAUCAACCAAACUGGCCACAGAUCUCUGGAUCUUCUUAGACAACCACGAGGCUGCUCUCCGAUUAGGAUCCCACUUCAAUGGUUCCUCACAGAGAGUCUUUGAAGACUUUCUGAAGCUCACACAAGCUUGGGCUGUUAGACCAAGGCUCCCACACACCUCCCCCGGGAAAAUCCGCGUCCGAUGGGUCCCAGGGCACCUGGAUAUCCCUGGCAACGAAAUAGCUGACAAAGCCGCUAAGGAAGGAACAAAACUUCCUUUUCCCCUCAACCCGAUCUGUAUGCUAGCAUCCCUAAAAAGAAUGAUCAGAACAAGGGCCAACAAAGCAGACGAACAAUUAUGGAAUACAGUCAGCCCACAAUACUACAAAGAUCUCCAAUUCAACCACACUUCUAAUACAGACACCCUCUCUCUGAAGAGAGCUACACUCCACUAUAUUCUCGCUAUCAGAUUACAGUAUGGCGACUUCGCAGUAUACCAUGAACGCUUCAAUCACACUAUAGCCCACGUCCAUUGCUCGUGUGGUAAAAGGAAAACUCCAUUACACUUUUUCUUUUGCAAAAAAGGAAAAGCCUUCAAAGCGCUCACAAAGAGCCCCCCCUCCGAAGCUAUCCCCUGGCUUCUAAGCAAUCCCACCGGUAUAGCCAAACUAGCCGAAUGGCUAGAAUACACCAAAUUCUACACAAAAAUCUGCCCGUGGCACACAGGUGCAAGAUAA